UUCCAUAAUCCACUUGACUUCUGCAGGUUCCUUCUUCUUGGGCAGUUGGAUUAUCCUGUAUUGGAACAAAGAUGUCUCUUCAGCAAGACCAGCAGCAAUGCAAGCAAGGCAUCACCCUGCCGCCGGAACUCUGUAAAGGAAACCCAAAAGAGUGCCCAGAAAUUGUGCCAUGUUCAGAGCCAGUGAAAUGUCCUGAGCCAAUACCAUGUUGUCCAGAGAAGCCGCCAUGCAAGGAACCAUCAGUCCCAGUUCCUCUUCCAUGCCCCGAGCCAAUACCAUGUCCACAGGAGAAGCAGCAGUGCAAGUUGCCACCAAUCUCAGUUCCUCCUCCAUGCCCCGAGCCAAUACCAUGUUGUCCAGAGAAGCCGCCAUGCAAGGAACCAUCAGUCCCAGUUCCUCUUCCAUGCCCCGAGCCAAUACCAUGUCCACAGGAGAAGCAGCAGUGCAAGUUGCCACCAGUCCAUAUUCCUCCUCCGUGCCCCGAGCCAAUACCAUGUUGCCCAGAGAAGCCACCAUGCAAGGAACCACCAGUCCCUCUUCCAUGCCCCGAGCCAAUACCAUGUUGUCCAGAGAAGCCGCCAUGCAAGGAACCACAAGUCUCAGUUACUCCUCCAUGCCCUGAGCCAAAACCAUGUUAUCCAGAGAAACCGCCAUGCAAGGAACCAUCAGUCCCAGUUCCUCUUCCAUGCCCCGAGCCAAUACCAUGUCCUCAGGAGAAACAGCAGUGCAAGUUGCCACCAGUCCAUAUUCCUCCUCCAUGCCCCGAGCCAAUACCAUGUUGCCCAGAGAAGCCACCAUGCAAGGAAUCACCAGUCCCAGUUACUCCGCCAUGCCCUGAGCCAGUGAAAUGCCCACCUUGUGUGAAGACGUGCCCACCCAUUGAACAGCAACAAUGCAAGCAGCAAUGCCAGUUGCCACCCAAUUGGAAGUAACCUGCAAAUAACAAUGAACGUCAUGGAACGAAAAGCAGAGUGCAAACUCAUGGCACCGAUUCCUGUGGCUUCUCGUCGGUCAUCUUACCUCAUCCCCUCAUUUCUCUAAGGGUACUCUGUUCUGCAAAUAAGUGACGUGGUGUUUCUAGCUUUUUUUUUAAUUUGGAUGCGCUGCUAGAAAAAGGUACUUCCAAUAGAAAUUGUAUAAAAGAUGCUUUGAAGAUCUAAAAUCAUUCUUCUCUCCUAGUUCUUUUGAACCUCACAGAGCUAAAGCAGGUGAUGCCGAGGGAGGUUGGAACCAGGACUGCCUAAGCUGAUCUUUAAACUUAACUUGACAACAGUUAGGCAGCCGCUUAGCCAAGACCACUGUCCAUCAUGAUGACUGGUACUGUCUCAUCGUUUUCUUAUGCUCCCCCAGCUGUCUGUCUGGAUCCAUGUGCUGUCCUUUGUCAUAUACUUACACUGUAAGUUCCUUGGGGCAGAGACAGGCUUUUAGUUCUGUGUUUGUACAGUGCCUAGCACCAUGGAGUCCCGAUCCCUGACUGAGGCUCCGAGGCAUUACCACAAUACAAAUAAUAAAUAAUAAUAAUGCCUGGACUAGAACAGAGGAUUUUCAAGACAUUACAAAUUCACCGUCCUAAAUUUCUCAUCUCUUGGAAAUUAUACCAGAAUAGAUAAGGCACAAAGAUUCCUGUAUUGCCCUCUAGUCCCAUAAGAAAUCUACUUUACUGAAUUGCAAGUCCUCUCCAUUAAAAAAGGUCCCACAACUUCAGAGCCAU